UUAAGCCAGACAGCACGACCAAUGCUCUCCUUACUGUACUUCUUCUUGCUCCCACGCCUCCUCCUUUCUUCUUCACCCUCGCUCUCCUCCUCCACUUCCCCCCUCCUCUCCUUUCUAAAAAUCUUCCCUUUCCCGCCACCAUGGAACCAAACGCUCCCUCCAUGUCGCUUCCCCGGCGUUUCCUGCUCCGCCACCGGAGAUAUCGUUGCGCUCAACUUCUCCGGCCUCGGCCUCUCGGCCGCCUUCGCGACCGCCGUGCCUCACCUUCUUCUUAUCCCUUCACUUCACUAUCUCGACCUGUCGCUCAACCACUUAACUGGCUCCAUCCCCUCAUCACUAUUCAUCUCGCUUCGCCUUCGCCACCUCGACCUCGGCCAAAACUACCUCACCGGCCCCAUUCCUGAAGAAAUCUCCUUCGCCGUUGAUAUGGAGUACCUCGGCCUAUACGAGAAUUUCCUCACUGGCGAUAUCCCGCCGGCGCUUACUCUCCUUCCGAAUCUCAGAUAUCUUUAUAUUAACCAAAACAACCUCACCGGACGGCUGCCGGAUUUCGCUGCUCAUUGCUCCCUCUCCUUCCUAUACCUCCAUUGGAACUUGCUCACAGGACCGCUUCCUAAGAGCUUGUUCAAUUGCCAUGAUCUGACCGUGCUCGCACUCUCCUUUAAUCGUUUUGGAGGAUCGGUGCCUGACUUAUUUGAUGAAAUUCCCGGGCUUCAGCUUCUUUAUCUUGAUGACAAUGAAUUUGUGGGUGAGCUACCCAGGAGCUUGGGGAAGCUUGGGAAUUUGACUGCAGCGAUUCUUUCUAAGAAUCAUUUCAGUGGCAGUGUACCUGAAGAGAUUGGGGAUUGCCGUGCACUGCAAAAUCUCGAUCUUUGGGGGAACAACCUCUCUGGGACGAUUCCAUUACAGAUAGGGAAGUUGAGCAGCUUGAUUUCUCUUUCUUUAUCAGAUAAUCAGCUCGUGGGUCCUCUGCCUGCAGAGAUUGGCAACUGCUGCUCUCUGGUGGAGCUUGAGCUACAUGACAAUCUCAUCGGAGGUCCAAUUCCCUCCGAGCUUGCCAAGCUAAGGAACCUUGAAAAGAUCUGGCUUUUUAAUAAUCAACUUGAAGGAACAAUACCUCCCGAGAUAGGGAAAUUAAGUGCUCUUCGGGAUUUGCAGCUUUAUAAUAAUUGCUUAACUGGAAGCUUGCCUACAGAGAUUACUCAUCUGCGGAAACUUGAAUAUCUAUCAUUAGCCAACAAUAAUCUCACUGGACAGUUGCCUUUUGACCUUGGGAGAAGCACUGAGAGUGGUUUGAUUAAGCUGGACUUGACAGGAAAUGAUUUCUAUGGGCCAAUUCCUGCUGGACUCUGCUCAGGUAACAAUCUCACUGUUCUUGUAAUUGGGCAGAAUAGAUUCAAUGAUACCUUUCCUGUCCAAAUCGCUCUUUGUUCAGCUCUUACGAGGGUGAUACUAAGUAAUAAUCAUCUUCAAGGAGUUAUACCUGAAAAUUUGAGUUCGAAUUCAAGAAUAUCUUACCUUGACCUUAGUAACAACUUCUUUGAAGGGAAAAUACCACCAAGUCUUGCCCUUUGGCACAAUCUCACAAUGCUGGAUAUUUCAAAAAAUUCUUUCUCAGGGCCUAUACCGCCUGUUCUUGCUAAACUUUUAAAUAUAGAGACGUUACAACUGUCCUCUAAUAGAUUUACAGGCACAAUUCCUCCUCAAUUGGCUAACUGCACAAAGCUUCUUAAAUUGGACAUCAGCCAUAAUCUUGUUUCAGGGAGUAUUCCACCGCAGCUUCUGAGAUUGGAGAAGUUACAGUAUCUGAUUCUCGCUGAGAACAGGCUUACAGGUCAUAUUCCAGAUUUGUUUACAUCAAGCCAGAAUCUGAUAGAGUUGGAUCUUGGGAAGAACAUGCUUGAGGGAGCAAUCCCUUAUUCUCUAGGAAACCUUCAGUACAUUUCUCUAGCUUUGAAUCUCAGCAAUAAUAGGCUGUCAGGUGAAAUUCCCAGCAGUCUCAGUAACCUUGAUAAGCUUCAGAUUCUAGAUCUGUCAGGCAACUUUCUAUCAGGACAAAUACCUUCUAGCUUGAACAACUUGGUGUCCCUUUCUUUUGUCAAUUUGUCUUUUAAUAAGUUAUCAGGCAAGCUCCCAGCUAGUUGGGUUAAAUUUGCAGCAUCAUCACCAGAGUUAUUUAUGGGGAACCCUGCUUUGUGCUUGCAGACUAAUGGUGGAAAUUACUGCCAGCAAGCAAUGAAACACAGUGGAAACAAAACUAGAUUCAUGGUGCUGUUCAUGGUAUUGCUCUGUCUCUUUUUUCUUCUAGCUGGAGCACUGAUUACCAGUUACUUCAGAAUGAGAAAUUACUCUUCGCCGGCGGCAAUUCAUCGAGCAGACUUCGUUACAGAUUUGCCUGAAGACCUGACAUAUGAAGAUAUAAUGCUUGCAACGGAAGAAUUGAGUGAGAAGUAUGUGAUUGGAAGGGGAAGGUAUGGGACUGUUUAUAAAACACAGAUUGGUAUGGGAAAUUCUUGCUGGGCUGUUAAAAAGGUAGAAUUGUCUGAGCCAAGUUUCUCUCAUGAGCUGAAGAUUUUGAACUUAGUGAGGCACAGGAACCUGGUGAGAAUGCUUGGAUAUUGCUUAAGAGAUGGCUUUGGCUUGAUUGUUUAUGAGUACAUGCAAGGUGGAACUCUUUUUGAUGUGCUGCACCAGAAGAAGCCACAGGUUACAUUAGACUGGGAGGUUCGCCAUCGCAUAGCUCUUGGGAUAGCUCAAGGUCUGUCCUAUCUUCAUCAUGAUUGUGUUCCUCAGGUCAUCCAUAGAGAUCUUAAAUCAAGCAAUAUACUUAUGGACUCUGAGCUGGAGCCCAAGAUUGGAGACUUUGGAAUGGCAAAAUUGAUGGAUAGUACUAAUUCUAGUUCAACAAAAUCUUCAAUUGUGGGCACUCUUGGCUACAUUGCUCCAGAGCAUGGAUACUCAACAAGGUUGAAUGAGAAGAGUGAUGUUUUCAGCUAUGGAGUUGUUCUUUUGGAGCUCCUCUGCAGGAAAAUGGCAGUAGAUUCAAGCUUUGAAGAUGGAGUUGACAUUGUCACCUGGAUGAAUACAAACCUGCAGAAAACUGAAAAAUGGAACCUUUUCUGUUUCCUUGAUGAGGAGAUUUGGUACUGGAUGGAAAAUGAGAAGGCUAAUGCUCUGAAACUGUUGGAAUUGGCUAUUUCAUGCACUCACUCAUCGAUCAAUGAUCGACCUUCCAUGAGAGAAAUUGUGAGAAUCUUAUUUAAGUUGAAAUGCUAAUUGUAUUUUUAGUACUUGCUGUAAUGCUAAUUCUUAGAAAUCAAACAAAUAGUUUGUAUAAAACAAAAUAUAGAUAGAUUCAGUUUUAUUAUUGUAGAUAGAAAGCAAUAUGAAUUUCAAAAUAUUGUAAGUCAACAA